UGAUGCACCUGCUUCAGGACAAGACAGCAACAAUUUUAGGUUUGGAAAACCAAGACUUACAAUAUUUGAUCAAGCCACAGAAGGUAGAGUUUCGUUCAUUAAACUUCAACAACACUUUGCAUUGGCAGCCUGGGAGGGCUAGGGAGGCAAGAGACACAGUCUACUUCGUGCAAUAUAAAGUGUAUGGGCAGAGCACAUGGCAAAACAAAGAUGACUGCUGGGGGAUUCAAAGCCAUGUCUGUGACCUAACAAAUGAGACCUCUGACAUCCAAGAGCCUUACUACGGCAGAGUGAAAGCUGCAUCAGCUGGCACCUAUUCCGACUGGAGCCUCAGCUGCAGAUUCACUCCCUGGCGAGAAACUGUGAUAGGACCUCCAUCAGUAACUGUGGUACACAGCAACAAGCUGAUAAAACUAAAGAUCCAAGCUCCAUCUUCUCCUUAUAAAAGGAAGAAAGGCAGCAAGAUACCAAUGACAAGCUAUUAUGAUCUGCUGUAUCAAGUCUUCAUAAUUAACAACUUGCUAGAUGAGCAACACAAGGUCCUGGUGUACGAAGGAAAAGACAAGGUUAUUAAAAUAGGAGACCUGAGGCCUGGAGUCAGCUACUGCAUCACAGCUAAAACAUAUGUGCCAAUGCUGGACCGCAGCAGUGCCUACAGCAGCAGGCAAUGCACUGUGCUGGAGUGAGGGCUGGCACCUCUGCAACAGUUACAGGGAUAACAGCAGAAGAUGCCUCCCAUCACAGAUCCAACAGGAUGUAAACCAACAUCUGUGCCCUGUCUGGAAGACAUGCUUGGAUACUUUUUAAACCUUUGCUGCAUUAAGUGAUUUGAUUCAUCAUAAUCAUUUUAUGCUGCACAGAGGCCAAGGAUUCUUUGUAUGUUCUAUAUCACAACUUACAGUGAUAUCUAUUUGCAUUUGCAAAGCAAAAACUAUCUUGUUAUAUAAAAACCAAACCAAAACCAAAACAACAAAAAGUCAAAACACAUGAAAAGCAUUUGUGAGAAUAUCCUUACACUUGUUUCUAGAGGGGUUUUUGUUUUUCUAUUUUAAGCACUGGGAUUAAAAUGCAAUUUAUAAAACCAGCA